AUGGCCCAAAAGCGGAUGGCAGUGGAGGCACUUGCACCUUUGAGCUUCGUGAAAGCUCUCGAUCUAGACCGCCCGUUGCGUCUGCGUCUUGCGCGUCAGCUCGUGAAUCUCUGUCGGAGUGCCGUUGAGAAGCGACACGUGGAGGUUGGGGAAACGUCUGACGUGCGCGAUCUGAAGGUGGGCCUCGGAGGCCUGGCGAACUUGGCGAGCGGCGACUCAGUCACGGGGGCUUUCCUGAAAAACGAGCGCCUGUUCUCCAUCCUCGCCGCUCUCCUCAACCCGUCCGCGCUCCUCGCGACGAGCAUUUUCAACAAGGCCGCCAAGGAGUUCUUGUAUUUCGAAGACCACUUCGAGCACAGUGACACCGGCUACGCGGAGUGGGACCUCAGCGAGACACGCAGGAGAGUCAGAGCGUCAACAACAGCGAGGCCUGAUCGCACCGAAGUUCCUCUAAGGCCACUCCCCCGGGCGGACUUGCCCGUGGAGCUGCAAACGCCUAUGACCGCCAGCUUGUCGAGUCAAGACUCGCUCACUUUCAGAAUGCUCCUGGCCUGGUACUCGAUCCGCCACCUCUUCGGAGCGUUUGAUCCGCCGGGAAACGCCGCCACGUCUCCUCUCGUAGCUAGAUUUCCGAUCGGGGUGUGGUACCGAUUGCUGACCGCGGCUCUGCGGCUGAUGAGCAGUCUAAGCACAGAGGCUUCUAAUCAUGAGUGGAUGCUGAAGCAAGGCGCGCUGCAAGCCGUGAGGAAGAUUCUGCAGUAUCUGCCGGCGGACAGGAUGCGGAGCGGGCACCAAGAGGCGGCGCUAUUUGUCUACCGGCUCUUCGAGAACCGCGCAGUGCACAGGAUCAUUGGCGAGUCUCCCGUUCUGACGGGCCUUCUUCGAGAGAUUGUCGCCGAGCUUGUCUCCAUCGACAGCGACCUUUUUGACGAAGGCUGGGGACAACGAAUGGGGCUCCAACUGUACGAAGAGCUCUUCAAAGCAGCGGAAGACUCGCUUUUGGACGAAUUAGUCACUCUUGCGGACGCCCUUUCGGACGCUAUUUCGGACGUCCGGGAAGCCGUUCCGGGCGCCCAUUCUUCCUCCGCCAGCUCUGCCUCCUUUGCUCUGUUUCUUCCUCGGACUUCCCUCCGGACGAGUUUCCAGACACUCUUGCGGACGACUUUGCAGACACUCUUUUAG